AUGUCUUCCCUCGAAGCCAAGAUCGUCGUCCUUGGUUCGCAGGGCGUCGGUAAAACCUCAUUGCUCAUGCGCUAUUGCAAAGGCGCUUUCAACCCCUCGCAAACAACGUCGACAGUCGGCGCCAGUUUCAUGACAAAGCGCGUGGUGGAUAGUGAUACAGAUACCGUUGUGCGACUGCAGAUAUGGGAUACUGCUGGCCAGGAACGGUUCCGCUCCAUAUCGCGACUCUACUAUCGCGGCGCCAAUGCAUGCAUCCUCUGCUAUAGCAUCACGGAUGCGCAGUCAUUCGCAGAGAUGGGCGUAUGGCUCACCGAGCUAAGGCGCAACCUGCCAUCCGACAUCAUCUUGCACGUUGUAGGCACAAAGGCUGACAUCGUCGCCCGCGAUCCGACCCGCCGCGAGGUCCCCUUCGAGCGCUGCAUAGCAUACGUAGCCGAGAAUCUGGCUCCGGGCCAGGGCAAUACCCCGCCCCCGACCGCGACUCCAGGUGGCAUGAUGACACCCGCUUUGCAGAGCGAGAUGGGCAGCGGUGGCUUUAUGAACAGUGUGGGUGGCAUCCUAGGCGAGCCGCGCAGCCCGAGUAGUAAACGGAGCUCCGGGUUCUGGGGCCAAGAGGUGGGCUGGGACGCAUGCCACGAGAUUAGUGCCGAGAGCGGAGAAGGUGUCGAGGAGGUCUUCCGGGUCGUUACGAGGAAGCUGGUUGAACAGAACCGCAAGAUGGAGCAGGCAUUGCUGGCUGCCGUGGCAUCACCCGGCACACCUUUCGACCGCAGCCUUGACACGGGCUACUUUGACGGCGUCAACCCGAGGGGAAGCUUUAGAGUCGGCCGCGACAGGAGAAGCUGGCUCUUCUCCCCGGGGUUUUCGCCCGCUAUUACUGUCGAGAACCCAGCACACAAUGGAACCGAGCAGAGCGUACAACAAGUCCAGAGAAAGAACAGUAGCAAAUGCUGCUAA